AUGUCGUCUUCUAUAUCGCUUGAGAGAUUUUUUGCCCUCGUAGACGCAAACUGGCGCUCUUUGGUGGUUAAGGGCCCAAAGAUUACCAGCUACCUAUUUGGGCACAUCAAGCAUAUUCGCGACAGCAUACCGCGGGGUGCCUGGCACAAGCAAAUGCUCCAAGAGUACGGCCAUCAAGAUCGACUGAUGACUACGGAUACCAAGGCACUUCAACAUGUUCUGACCAAUACCAUGGUGUACCAAAAACCAGAGGAAAUUCGAUACAGCCUCGGAGACCUACUUGGUCACGGACUUUUAUUCGCAGAAGGUCAAGACCACAAAAGGCAACGCCGUAUCAUGAACCCCGCCUUCGGUACGAUGCAUAUCAAGGAGAUGACCAAGGUUUUCGUAGACAAGUCCAACGAGUUACGCAAUGCCCUGAGCCUACUCUCCCCGCCUGGUGCCGUUCCCUCGGCAGGAGCUGCCGAUGAAUGGGUGCCUGUAGAAAUGCUCGCUUAUCUCUCUUGCACCACUCUAGACAUUAUCGGGAUGGCAGGGUUCAACUACUCAUUCGGAGCACUCAAGACCCUUGUCAGCAAGACAGCCAAAAAAUCUCCUUCUGCUACCACUAUCAGCGAAGUCAAACAAGAAGUCAUCAAUCAUGGCGAAGAGGACGUAGAAUCGGACGAAACCGACGCAGAGCAUCACGACCCACUUUCGUCUGCCCUCGCCCGCACCAUCGACUCUACCAAUGGAGGAUUUGCGUUCCUUCUGCUCCUAAAAAUGUACAUUCCUCUCUUCCGCUUGAUCAACUUCGACAGACGUUCUCGUCUCAUCCGCAAAUCACGAGUGAUCAUCAACCAAAUCGGCAAGUCCAUCGUAAAGGACCGAAAGAGCGCUAUAGCUGAAGAAAACGAGAGCGGUUUGGACAGGAGGGGUGGUGCUCGAGACCUGUUGACGCUGUUGAUCAAAGCCAACUUGACAGACAAUGGCGAGGGAAAGACUGGAGACAGGAAAUUGUCCGACGAAGAGGUCAUGAACCAGAUUCCUACGUUCUUCCUUGCGGGACACGAGACAACUUCGACAUCGACGGCGUGGACACUUGUUUCUCUCGCAUGUAAUCCUGCUGUCCAAGACAAGCUCCGGACAGAAAUACUCGAGGUGCCUACCGACCACCCGACGAUGGAACAACUCAACUCGCUUUCCUAUUUGGACAUGGUGAUUCGCGAAUCGCUACGAUAUCACUCAGUCGUGACGGGUACAGUGCGCGUUGCAUCUCAAGAGGACGUGAUCCCAUUCGAAAAACCGUUUGAGGAUAAGAAUGGUAAUCUCAGAUCAGAACUUCGGUGCGUUGAAUCCCUAUAUAUUUCUCUUCUACGAGCUGACAUUUGA